AUGCUCUCCCCUCCUGUCCUGUCGCCCUCUCUCUCGCCCCUCCAUUCCCGUCGCGCUCUCUCUCUCCGCGCCCUUCUCGUCGCCCUCUCUCUCGCCCCUCUCAUCUCGUCGCGCUCUCUCUAUCCGCACCCUUCCCGUCGCCUCCCUUCCCAUCGCGCUCUCUCUCUCCCCUCCCUUCCCGUUGCCCUCUCUCUCGCCCCUCCCUUCCCAUCGCGCUCUCUCUCUCCGCGCCCUUCUCGUCGCCCUCUCUCUCGCCCCUCUCAUCUCGUCGCGCUCUCUCUAUCCGCGCCCUUCCCGUCGCCUCCCUUCCCGCCGCCCUCUCUCUCUCCCCUCCCUUCCCGUCGCCCUCUCUCUCCCCCCUCCCUUCCCAUCGCGCUCUCUCUCUCCGCUCCCUUCCCGUCGCCCUCUCUCUCGCCCCUCCCUUCCCGUCGUGCUCUCUCUCUCCGCGCCCUUCCCGUCGCCCUCUCUCCCGUCGCCCUCUCUCCCAUCGCCCUCGCUCUCUUCUUCGCUCUGCCGCAGGUUCUUCGCUGCAUUGGUCUCACAGGUACCACCUGCGCCAAGCCCACCGCCACUGUCUAUGUGGCCGAGGGGGGCCUUCUCACACUCUGCUGCAGCCAGAGCCCCCAUCUUUCCCACACUCCACCUUCCCUUGCCCCAGGUACCACCUGUACCAAGCCCACCGCCACUGUCUAUGUGGCCGAGGGGGGCCUUCUCACACCCUGCUGCGGCCAGAGCCCCCAGCAGCCGUGCGGUUCUCUGCAAGCUGCUCUUAACAGCGCAUCAUGUUCAGCGCAUCAUGUUCAGCGCAUCAUGUUCAGCGCAUCAUGUUCAGCGCAUCAUGUUCAGCGCAUCAUGUUCAGCGCAUCAUGUUCAGCGCAUCAUGUUCAGCGCAUCAUUUUCAGCGCAUCAUGUUCAGCGCAUCAUGUUCAGCGCAUCAUGUUCAGCGCAUCAUGUUCAGCGCAUCAUGUUCAGCGCAUCAUGUUCAGCGCGUCAUGUUCAGCGCGUCAUGUUCAGCACAUCAUGUUCAGCGCAUCAUGUUCAGCGCAUCAUGUUCAGCGCAUCAUGUUCAGCGCAUCAUGUUCAGCGCAUCAUGUUCAUCGCAUCAUGUUCAGCACAUCAUGUUCAGCGCAUCAUGUUCAGCGGAUCAUGUUCAGCGCGUCAUGUUCAGCACAUCAUGUUCAGCGCAUCAUAUGGGACCACUAUCCACGCCGCACCAGGCACCUACACACACUCGUCUCUCUCGCCUCUCCCAUUCCUUCCCAACGCAUGCCCCAACCAUCCUCCCCCCAUACUCCCCACCCACACAAUGCUUCAGAAGGAGCCAUGCCACCAUCCAUGUCGCACCAGGCACCUACACACACUCCUCCCUCUCGCCCCUUUCACUCUUUUGCACCGCAUGCCCCAAUCCCCCGCACCCCCCACUCCCCAUCCACCCAACACAGUGCGUCAGAAGGAGCCACCAUCCAUGUCGCACCAGGCAGCUACACUCACUCGCCUGCCCCCCAAACCAUCCUCUCCCCCUCGUCCCCCGUCCCCCCUUCUAGGCCACCAUCCAUAUUGCAUCAGGCACCUACACGCACUCGUCCCUCUCGCCCCUCUCACUCCUUUCCUGCGCAUGCCCAAAUCCUACUCUCCCCCUUUCUCCCCACUCCCCUCUUCGCCCCCCCCACAGCGCCGCUCUGCCGCGGUGCUUCUCCUCCCUCCUCCGCUUCGUCCCCGCCCUCCCGCUUGACUGCAGCUGACCCGUCUGUUGCUGCGGGCACUGGAGAUGCUGUCAAGUCACCUCAAUCCAUUCUUCCUUGUAGCGACUUGCAACCCCUCUCCUCUUGCUACACUUCCCCUCCCUUCUCCCCCUCCCGCUUUCUCCCUUUCCCCUCUUCCUUGUCCCCGUCCCUGUCACCAAAUAUUAUGGCAAUAGUCUCACCCUUUUCAUCUGCAUCCCUGUCGAGGCGUCUCAUCCCCUGCCCUCCCUCCCUUUCCCCCUCCUUUCCCCCCUUCCUCUUUCUCGUCCGCUUCCCUUUCCCCUCCCUUUUCCCUUCCCCUCCCCCCCCUCUCUUCCCCCCCUUCUUCUCCCUAAUUCUCUCCCCUCGUUAUCCCACCAGCGACAUCACCCUCUCCAACUGCCAUGCCUCCGAAUGUGUGGUGUGGGAUAAGGGUGCUUGGUGUGCGGAUGAGGGUGCUUGGUGUGCGGAUGAGGGUGCUUGGUGUGCGGAUGAGGGUGCUUGGUGUGCGGAUGAGGGUGCUUGGUGUGCGGAUGAGGGUGCUUGGUGUGCGGAUGAGGGUGCUUGGUGUGCGGAUGAGGGUGCUUGGUGUGCGGAUGAGGGUGCUUGGUGUGCGGAUGAGGGUGCUUGGUGUGCGGAUGAGGGUGCUUGGUGUGCGGAUGAGGGUGCUUGGUGUGCGGAUGAGGGUGCUUGGUGUGCGGAUGAGGGUGCUUGGUGUGCGGAUGAGGGUGCUUGGUUCGUCAAGUGGCGAUGCAAUAUCCAACUACAUGUCCACUCAUCAGGCGGCGGGGCAAUAUCCGACUACAUGUCCACAUUCAACGUAUCUCACACGGCCUUCCUCAACUCGUCCGUGGUCUACCAGCCCGCCGACUUCAUGUCGGGCGCGGGGGGAUGCGUGCACCUCAACACCACUGCUGCCGCGUCCUUUGCUCACUGCCGCUUCGCGCACUGCUCCUCUUCUAUCACCGGUGGCGGGGUGUCAUUCUUUCAAGGGGAAGUCAAGCCGCAGUUUCACAACACCACGUUCGAGUUCAACGAGGCUCUCAUUCAGGGAGGGGGCAUAGAGCUAGUGAUGAUGAGCGGCCCGGCGAACGUCACAGACUGCACGUUCCGCAGCAACCGGGUCACCAACGGGCCCAGCUUCGGCGCCGCAAUCCUCUCCUUCGGCGUGCCGAUGCGCGUGGAGAGGAGCUACUUGUGGCGCAACGUGGCUGUCAACACGCUGCCUCCGGGGUCGCAGGCAGCCACGUACCUCACUCAGGGGGGGGCCAUUGCAGCGAACAUGUUCAUGGACGCUACAGUGCCUUAUGACAUCAUCGACUGCACCUUUAUUGAGAACCAGGCCAACACGUUCCUGACCUCACUCACUCAGGGGGGGGCCAUUGCAGCGAACAUGUUCAUGGACGCUACUGUGCCUUAUGACAUCAUCGACUGCACGUGUGUUGAGAACCAGAUUUGCCACACCUCUCCACUCAGGAUGGGCGAGGCGGCGCCUUGUUUAGGGAUACGAGGCAUCUGCUCAACAGGCGGGGCUCAACAGGCUCUGUAUGCGGACAUGGGGCAGGCGGGGCUCAACAGGCUCUGUAUGCGGACAUGGGGCAGGCGGGGCUCAACAGGCUCCGUAUGCGGACAUGGGGCAGGCGGGGCUCAACAGGCUCUGUAUGCGGACAUGGGGCAGGCGGGGCUGCGGACAUGGGGCAGGCGGGGCUCAACAGGCUCUGUAUGCGGACAUGGGGCAGGCGGGGCUCAACAGGCUCUGUAUGCGGACAUGGGGCAGGCGGGGCUCAACAGGCUCCGUAUGCGGACAUGGGGCAGGCGGGGCUCAACAGGCUCUGUAUGCGGACAUGGGGCAGGCGGGGCUGCGGACAUGGGGCAGGCGGGGCUCAACAGGCUCUGUAUGCGGACAUGGGGCAGGCGGGGCUCAACAGGCUCUGUAUGCGGACAUGGGGCAGGCGGGGCUCAACAGGCUCCGUAUGCGGACAUGGGGCAGGCGGGGCUCAACAGGCUCUGUAUGCGGACAUGGGGCAGGCGGGGCUGCGGACAUGGGGCAGGCGGGGCUCAACAGGCUCUGUAUGCGGACAUGGGGCAGGCGGGGCUCAACAGGCUCUGUAUGCGGACAUGGGGCAGGCGGGGCUCAACAGGCUCUGUAUGCGGACAUGGGGCAGGCGGGGCUCAACAGGCUCUGUAUGCGGACAUGGGGCAGGCGGGGCUGCGGACAUGGGGCAGGCGGGGCUCAACAGGCUCUGUAUGCGGACAUGGGGCAGGCGGGGCUCAACAGGCUCUGUAUGCGGACAUGGGGCAUCUGCAAGUGCUCAACUGCCUCUUCCGCCUCUUUGCCUUGCCUGUGUAUUCACACUGCUCCCUCUAUACUGUUUCCCACUCCACGCAGGGCGGGCAAGGCGGGGCAUUGUGUGCGGACACGGGGCAUCUGCAAGUGGUCAACUGCCUCUUUCUAUCCCCUCUCCUCCCCUUUGCUUCCCUGUUCCUGCUGCCACGCAGGGCGGGCAAGGCGGGGCAUUGUGGCGGGCAAGGCGGGGCAUUGUACGUGGACACGGGGCAUCUGCAAGUGCUCAACUGCCUCUUCCUCCGCAACGGAGACCACUCCGAAUGCUCCCUGGGUGGCGCUAGUGAGUCCCACCCACUCCCCUACCAGCCAGUGUGUUGCUCGUGA